AGCCCGCCCCUUGCCCUGCCCGGCCUGCGAAUAAGUUUGGGUAGUUAGUCUGCUCCUUCCCGCCAUCUACACGUGCUUCCCUUUCUCCUCCCACUUCACUCGACUGCAAGCAACAACAACAAAGACUGCCUCCUUUGUUGUCUCGAGGGUCCUCGUCCCAGCAACGUCAUCGCCAGCACAUCCCUCCCGACCAAGUCUCCAGCCAUGGCCCCUUCCGCCGUCCCUGCCGCCCACAACGGCGAGCAAGAUCUCAACCUCACUGCCGCCGCCGUCGACCACCGCAUGACUGAGAACAACGGCAACGCGGCCGCCGCUGCCAGCAACGGCGUUGCCCAGCCCAACAUCAACGAGCUUGAUGCCUCCAAGAUCACCUACAAGUUCACAGACAUGCCCCGCGAGGUCCCCGCCCCGGGCGUCCACCAGAUCAAUGGCAACAGCGUCUGCACCGACCACAUGGUCACCGUCGCCUGGUCCGCAAAGAACGGCUGGGCCGCUCCCGAGCUCAAGCCCUACGGCCCUCUGUCGCUCAUGCCCACCGCCUCCGUCCUCCACUAUGCCACCGAGUGCUUCGAGGGCCUCAAGGCCUACCGUGGUGUCGACGGCAAGCUGCGCCUCUUCCGCCCCGACUGCAACUCUGAGCGCAUGCUCAUGUCCUCCGUCCGCAUCAGCCUGCCCUCCUUCCCGCCCAAGGAACUCGAGAAGCUCAUCAUUGCCCUCAUGUCUGUCGAUGGACCCAAGUGGCUGCCCCGCGAGCGCCCUGGCUCCUUCAUCUACCUCCGCCCGACCAUCAUCGGCACUCAGCCCCAGCUCGGUGUCCAGGCGCCCGCCGAGGCUCUCCUCUACAUCAUCGCUUCCUACAUGCCCGUCAUGGACGCCCCCGCUGGUGGCAUGAAGCUGCACACAUCCCCCAACGACAUGGUUCGUGCCUGGGUUGGCGGCUUCGGCUACGCCAAGGUCGGUGCCAACUACGGCCCCUCUCUGCUUGCGACACAAGAAGCCCGUGCUCGGGGCUUUGGCCAGAUUCUGUGGUUGUACGGCAAGGACGGCGAGUGUACCGAGGCCGGUGCCAGCAACUUCUUCGUCAUAUGGAAGACUGCCGAGGGCAAGACCCAACUCGUCACUGCCCCUCUCGACGACCGCUUGAUCCUUGACGGUGUCACCAGGCGCAGCGUCCUGCAGCUCGCUCGUGAGCGCAUGCCCGAGCUCGAGGUUGUUGAGAGAAAGUACACUAUCGACGAGGUCAUCAAGGCUCACUCCGAGGGCAGACUUGUCGAGUCCUUCGCUGCCGGUACUGCUUAUUUCGUAUGCCCCAUCUCCCUCAUCCACCACCGCGGUACCGAUGUCGACAUUUCCAUGGGCAAGGCCGGCGAGGGUGGCUCUUUCACUCUUGCGGCCAAGGGCUGGCUCAAGGAUAUCAUGUACGGAGGCGAGAACCACCCGUGGGGCGUCGUCGUUCCCGAAGAGCACUAGAUGCAGCCGCCAAGCAGCCCCGUCGAUCACAACGCGCCGUGCUAUCGUGGCAUGCAACACCACGUGAUGGGCGGUGUUUUGUA